CUGUCUUUUUCUCCUUGCUGCGAUUUCCUUUACCAAGAUGGCGGCCUCCUUUGGCAGGUUGUUCGUGGCUGGGAUUAAAGGAGGGUUUGGGAGCAAGCCUCCUGUCCUCAAACUGCCUGUGUUGGUUCGUCCUCUCACAACCCAGUCCGAUCCGUUUGAUGCAGUUGCCCGUUAUAAGGAUCAACCAUGGGAGUACCUCAUAAGUGAAGAGUACCUGCAACGUUACGGUAACAAACCUGUCUGGGCUGAUUACAGACGUAACCACAAGGGGCCCAUCCCACCCCAGAAAACACGCAAGAUGUGCAUUAGGGGCGGAAAGGUCUGUGGAAACCCCUGUCCAAUCUGCCGGGACCAGAAGCUUUCUGUGAUUUACAGAAAUGUGAAGUUGCUGCAGCAGUUCCUAUGUCCACAUACUGGGAUAGUGCUUGAUCCAACUAAGACAGGUGUGUGCAUGAAACAGCAGAAGGUCCUUAUAAAAGUCAUUACGGAAGCACAGGAUCACGGUUUACUUCCUGUAAAGAUGCCUCAUGUAGAUCUUUUCCAUGAAGACUUCAUAAAUACCCACGGGGCAGUUUCCCACACUCCUGCUGCGCCAUCUGGUCUCUGGUACUCGUGGUACGAAUGGCAGGAGCCACCAGCCAAAGAGGUGACAUUACUGAAGAAGCUUUACAGGCCGUACCUGAAAGAGAUCACUGGAGGGGAAUGAACAUAGAAACUAUCAAUUUGUAACUUUAAAUAUUUAGUGUCAAUAAACCUUUAUUUGUAUCAGCAUGUUAUUAAUGCUAAUCACAAAGAAAAUUGUGGCUAGGUUUCUGCUAAUGCAAAGGGCAAAGUUCCAUAAGAUAUUUAGCCAGUAUAUUCCAUUCAUUACUUUAAUCAAUGGCGUAUACAACUGGCGCCCUAUCAAUGUUUGUGAAUCUAGUCCGCAAUUGAAUUCAUUAAUAUAUAAAUGAGUCCUUUUGACUGAUUACACAGACAAUCCUGUACUUUACAGCUUCACUGAUAGGAUAACAGUACAGAAUAAAUGCAUGUAAAUUUCCAUUUCUAUAUUGCUAGUACACGGUGGGUGACAAUGUAUUCUCUAUAAUGUUACAGCAAGAGACAGGAAAAAUAAAUCUAAUUUAUAUGCAGAUCCUUA